GGUCCAUUUCUGGGGCCAUCGUGCAAAACUCCAUAACGUUACCAUCUUCACACGGUUUCCACGCAGCAGUAGGAACGGCAGUGAGCCAUCCUGACACAAUGGGUCGUCACUUUGGAGAUUUGGCCAGGAUAAGACAUAUAAUUACUUACUCCAUCUCCCCCUUUGAGCAGCGGGCUUUCCCUAACUACUUUUCAAAAGGAAUUCCUAAUGUUUGGAGGCGAUUCACAGGCUCUGUCUUUAAGAUUGCACCCCCCAUAAUUUUGAUGUGCCUCAUCUACACAUGGGGCAGUCAAGUUCACGAGCAGAGCAAAAGGAAGGUUACUGCAGACUAUGAGAAUGACAAGUAAAGCUUGUCUGUGUUAACACUGUCCAUGUUUCACAUUUGUUUAAUUUAUCAAUAAAGAAGAUUGCUGAGAAAAUGGGA